GAAGGAAGUUAGGAGCACAGCAGCAAAUGUUUCAGAAGUGGACGGCACCGAGCGUCACCGAACCGACAGGAGCCGUAGAAGCAGACCGGAACCACCAAAUAGGGCUACCGCGCGGGAUUGACUGACCGACACGUCUUCUCUCGGAGGGGGAAUUGUUCAUUUAGCAUCACUAAUAACUCAGUUCGUCCCCUAAAACGGUGGAUCGCGUAUGGCCGCGAGGCGGCCGCCAUUUUGCCGGCGGGGGGGCGGCGCGGCAAGGCUGAGGCUGUGACCGAGGACAUGAAGCUGAAGCAGCGGAUAGUUCUGCUGUGUGCCGUGCUCCUCCUGCUGGGCCUGGCCAAGAUCUUCCUGCUGGAUGGCGGCGAGGGCUCAGCGGCCAGCAGGAGGGACCUCAGGGCCUUCCGCAAGAUGGAAGCCAGCCUGUCGCUGACGCGGGGCGCCCGCCUGACCCACACCCUGCAGUCCCCGUGGGAGAUCGCAAGCCAGUGGGUGGGUCCCAGAGAGGUGUACCCCGAGGAGGCGCCCGAGCUGGCCGCCGUUCUGAGCGCCCUCAGCCAAGCCCGCAUUGAGCGCGCUGACGUGGGCUACAAGGGCACCCAGCUCAAGGCCUUGCUGGUGCUGGACGGGGGUCAGAAGGUGGUCUUCAAACCCAAGAGAUACAAUCGCGACUACGUGGUCGAAGGGGAGCCGUACGCCGGUUACGAUCGACACAACGCCGAGGUGGCGGCUUUUCACCUGGACAGGAUCCUGGGCUUUCGAAGAGCGCCCCUAGUGGUGGGAAGGCACGUGAACCUGCGCGCGGAGAUCAAGCCGGUCGCCAGCGAGCAGUUGCUCGGCACCUUCCUGACUCAGGGCAACAACACGUGCUUCUACGGGAAGUGCUACUACUGCCGGGAAAGCGAGCCGGCGUGCGGCCAGGGCGACAUCAUGGAGGGGUCUUUGACGCUGUGGCUGCCCGAUGUCUGGCCGCUACAGAAGCACCGACACCCCUGGGGUCGAACGUACCGGGAGGGCAAGCUCGCCAGGUGGGAGUACGACGAGAGCUAUUGCUCGGCGGUUAAGAAGAUGGCGCCGUACGACGCGGGGCCACGCCUACUGGAUGUCAUUGACACGGCCGUCUUUGAUUAUCUGAUCGGGAACGCCGACCGGCAUCACUACGAGAGUUUCCAGGACGACGGCGGCGCCAGCAUGCUCAUCCUGCUGGACAACGCCAAGAGCUUUGGCAAUGCCGCCCUGGACGAGCGCAGCAUCCUGGCGCCGCUUUACCAGUGCUGCAUGAUCCGCGUGUCCACCUGGAACCGGCUCAACCUGCUGCGGGGCGGCGCCCUGAGCGCGGCCAUGCGGCAGGCACUGGCCUUCGACCCCAUCCGGCCCGUCCUGGCCGAGCCGCACCUGGCCGCCCUGGACCGCCGCCUGGCCGGCGUGACGGCAACCGUCAAGCAGUGCAUCGAGGCCCACGGCCUCGACAACACUUUGGUGGAGGACCGCAUGAACUUGCCGCACCCGUGAUUUGAAAAAGAAAAGCUGACUUUUUACAGGGGAAACUCACCUCGUUUUUCCUCCUCAUGGACGUGAGGUACUUCUCCAGAAGCUCGAAGGAAGGAGGAAGCGAGCCAACCAGCCGUCAUUGUGACUGCUGUCAGAGAGAGAGAGGUGACAAAAAGCCAAGUGUACAUAUUUCAAUGAAGUACCAUAGAUAUACUUCAUGUGUUAAUUAUCAUAAUACAGCGUUACACGAUUGUGUGUAUGAAUGCGCGUGUGUGUACGUGUGUGAAAGAGAGCAAAGUUGCCAUACUGUGCCGUUAAGCUACUGACAUUACAGACUUGAACGGGGGCGGGCGGGGCGCCAUCUUCAAUAUUAAACAAAACAUUCGUUUGA